UGGUCAAGGACGACCAGACGCGGGCCCCCAGAAAGUCAUAGGAGACAACACGGUUGUGUUGUCCGAUAGACCUGAUAGAACAGACAGAGACGGUUACACGGAUUCGCAAGAAAGGCAAGCUCAUCAUGUCGUCCGACUCGAUUCACCGACGCUCGGUCGAGCCAGCUGCUGCCGCGACGCCAGCGGCAGACUCGUCGUCCAUUGCUUCGUCCGGAGAGACAGCAGGCGUACUCGGCGGCGCCAGCACCGACGUGGGAAAGAAAAAGGAUGCCGUCGGUAGCGCAAGCCUCGUCGACGGCGCUGAGAAAGGCCCGGUCGUCGUGCAGGCGGAUGACUACGAUGCAUCCCAGGGGAUCAGCGAAAAGACCAAGGCCAAGUUCAAGCAGCUCGGUUGGGUGCGUCUGACAGUAUGCUUGAUCGUUGAGGCCAUCGCCUUAGGUGCACUGUCCUUACCUGGAGUAUUCGCAACACUCGGCCUGGUCCCUGGUGCACUGACCUGCAUCGGUAUUGGCCUCAUCGCGAUCUACACGUCGUACCUGGUCGGCCGGGCGUGCAACCGCUCACCGAUACCUAUUGAGCACUUCCACGACCUCGGCGAGCUGAUGUUUGGCCGGGUCGGACGGGAGGUUAUCGGAGGGUGUUUCUUCGUGUACCUCGGACUCGUCACUGGCUCGCAUGCGCUCACUGGCGCCAUCGCGUUCAACAACCUCUCUAACAGUGCCGUCUGCUCCAUCGUAUUCACCGUCGUGUCGUCCAUCAUUCUGUUCCUCGUCGCACUACCGCCUUCGUUCGCGGAUAUUGCGAUCCUGGGGUACAUCGACUUUGUGUCGAUCUGCGCUGCGAUCCUCUUGACGAUAGUCGCAACGGGGAUUCAGGCGUCGAAUGCGCCGGGCGGACUGAGCGCUGUCAACUGGCACGCAUUCCCGGAGGAGAGGCCGACGUUCGCAAAGGCCUUCGUCGCAAUCACGAACGUCGUGUUCGCCUACUCGUUUGCCAUCUGCCAGCCUUCAUUCCAGGCGGAGCUCAAGAAGCCUAACGACUACAUCAAGUCCGUCUGGGCGCUCGGUAUCACGGAGAUCGUACUCUACACGCUCACCGGGGCCAUCAUCUAUGUCUUUGUUGGCCAGGGUGUCCAGUCACCCGCGCUCCUCUCAGCUGGCCCUACAGUUAGCAAGAUCGCGUUCGGCAUUGCCCUCCCAGUCAUUUUCAUCUCUGGCUCGAUUAACACGACGAGUGCCGCCCGGUACAUGCAUGUUCGAAUCUUUGGCAAGACGCGCCACCGUUGGAUCUCAACACCGCUCGGCAUCGGCGCGUGGCUCGGCCUGAAUGCUGUGAUCGUCAUCUUCGGAUGGGUCGUCGCCAGUCUUGUGCCGUUCUUCGAAAACUUCCUUGGACUAAUGGCUUCGCUGGCCGUAUCCGGCUUUACCUUCUACUUGCCUGCUCUCAUGUGGUUCCUUUGCCCGGGUAUGAAAGAAGGCACCUGGCGCGACAGCUGGAAGAACAUUAUGCUGGCCGCUGUGAAUGCGGUCAUCUUCCUUAUGGGCAUCUUCAUUCUGGUCUGCGGUGUUUAUUCAAGUGUGACCGAGAUCAAGGAACAGUACGCGACCGGCACGAUCCACCGGCCGUUCAGCUGCAACCUCCAUUAAACAGCUGAGCUGUGCGGCGCCUUGAUCCUUUUGUCGAACCCGAUGCAACCAUCUUGUCAACUGUAUUCAUCAGAUCAGACCUUGCACACUCUCGCACCUCUUUGCUCGCUUCAUCCACGCGCAU